AUGCACAUACCACCUGGCUUUCCCCACCAACCACCCCAGCCUGCGCCUACACCAGAGCAUGAGCUCAAGGCUAUGCUUAAACAGUUGCUUCAAGGUCAAGCUGAUGGUGUUGUGGACACAAGCAAGAAGUUGGCUAAAAUCAACUCCAAGAUUGAGAAUCUCAACACAAGAGUUUACUCUCUGGAGAAUCAUGCUUCUUCUGUUGCUGCUGCUACAAAGCAAGGACAACUACCUGGUAAAGCUGUUCAGAACCCCAAAGAACAAUGCAAGGUCAUCUUCAUUCAAGAAGGUCUAGAAGAAGAGAAAGAUCAAGAGAGAGUCAUGGAAGAGUUCUGUUUGCUGCUGAAUGACGACGAGAUUGUUGCUAAUGAGGCUCCUGGAGUCUUGAUAACAGGAUUUUACUAUCAAUUACUCAAAAUCAGCUACUCAUGUCAUUGUAGCAUUUGA